GCUAACGCUAGCCCGUUUCACAUCUAAUCGGCUUGUUAAAUGGUGAAUUCAGCGGGCGGUGACGUUAAAUCAGUCCUUAAAGGCAGUUUACUGCGUACUUUUUUAACACAUCUACUGUCUAGUUACGAUAAAAUGAGCGACACCGAGCAGGAUUCACGGCAUGGCUCAAGGAGUGCGUCCCCUCAGGGCUCAGGAAAAUCCACCAGCCGCUCACCAGCACACUCAAAAGAUGGCUCCCGCCGCUCCAGGUCCAGAUCCCGAUCUCGAUCCAGAUCCAAAUCAAGGUCCCGCUCCCAUCGAAGCUCACGCAGGCGCUACUCUCGAUCUCGUUCCCGCUCCCACCGACGCCGAUCCAGGAGCCGAUCUCGUAGCUGGGAGUACCGCCGGCACAGGAGCCAUAGCAGAUCCCCCAUGUCGAAUCGUCGCAGACAUAUUGGCAACAGGGCGAAUCCAGACCCCAACAACUGUCUGGGUGUGUUUGGACUGAGUCUGUACACCACUGAGAGGGAUCUGAGGGAUGUUUUCUCUAAAUAUGGCCCUUUAAGCGACGUCAACAUCGUGUACGACCAGCAGUCGCGUCGCUCAAGAGGCUUUGCCUUUGUCUACUUUGAAAACUGUGAGGACUCCAAGGAGGCCAAGGAGCGUGCUAACGGGAUGGAGCUCGAUGGCCGCAGGAUCAGAGUUGAUUUCUCCAUCACAAAACGAGCCCAUACACCCACUCCAGGAAUCUACAUGGGCCGUCCCACGUAUGGCGGUGGCGGUGGUGGUGGGGGUGGCGGCGGCGGCGGUGGCGGUAGCAGCAGUAGUGGAGGUUCAUCACGGCGUGCCUCAAGGGACUAUGACAGGAGCUACGACAGAAGUUAUGACAGAAGUUAUGAUCGUGACUAUGAUCGCUAUGACGACCGGGAGUACAGAUCAUACAGACGCAGAUCUCCAUCUCCAUACUACAGCAGGGGGUACCGUUCACGAUCCAGAUCACGGUCCUACUCGCCACGUCACUACUGAGCACUGAGAGAAGAGUCACGACGUUUUGAGAUGCUUGUCUUUUUUUAUGUUGAUGUUUUGGACCAGAUUAUGUUUGUGAUUUGUUGAUACAUCGAAGGUUAAAGAAAAAGUCCUAAAGAUGAAGUCUGUUUAAGAACCACAAUGUCAGUGGUGAGUUUAUCGUCACCAGUAUCUGGGUCAAGAUUCAUUGAUUACAGUCCGAUUAGCAACUUAGGCGUUACAUGACACAGUCAUGACGAUCUAUAAACAGAUAUCUACACAUGAAUACAGAUCAGUUUUAAAAAAAAAAGUUUAAUAGUUUAAUAUAAAUCUAAAAAGUUUUCUGGUGAUUGCUCUCUGCAUGGACUGUUUACCUGCAUGCAGUACAGACUGAAACAAGAAUGCUUCCAAUAACAAAAUCCUGUUGCCUUCAGAUUCUGCAUUCAUGUGCAGAUAUUUGUUUAAAGAGAUCAACAAAUUUGUAGGAAGAAUCGUGAGAAAGAAACACCUAAAAUGACAGAAAAUAGGUUCAAGUAGAAAUUAUCAAUACUUCAGACCUGCACCAAAAAGUUAUCACUUUAUCACGCUCAAGGCCUAACUUUUCCCAACACUUUGGCGGAAAUCUAUGAAGUAAAUUUGGGGGUAUCUCUCCUAACAGCGAACAAACAGGAAUCAAAAUAACCCGUCUGGUGCUGAUAAUGAAAUCGAGCUGGUUUGUUAAAGCUCGACUCAACAGACUUGAUUUGACACGAGCAGGACUUUCGAUGGCAGUCCUAUUACAAGUUCUCAUUUUGCUGUUUGUAUGUAGAUGGUUUCUUCAACUGUCAAUCCAGAUCCUAAUUUGCAUUUUGAAAUGUUUUAAAUGCCAUGUUGGGUUUUUUUUGUGUGUUUUUCUGGUGGAAAAUAUUGUUUUGGGGUGUUGUACAUAAACAAAAGUUACCUGGGUCAUUUGCUCUGUUGUUUAGUAACAGUGUAGUAAACAAUAAAUGGCCACAUUGCCCCGUGGUUUUAGAGGCAGGAAUGCCGCAGGUAUCGUACCUUGAAGUCCCAUCAAACAUCUUGAAUUAUUGUUUGGUGUUUGGUUUUUUUUUUUGACAAAAUAAUAAAAAAAACAUAC